CUCUUUCAAUCACGAUGUGUCUCUGGUAAAUGAAGAAUCACCCCAGCAGGACCAUUCAGGAUGGAAAGGUUUCAUCAUUUAGAUGUUUCUUCUCAGGUUAAGAACGUUGUUCUUUCUCUAUUCGUUGGCUGUAGGAUACAUUAAAACAUCUAAGAGCUUCUGGAAACUCAAACCAAAUGUGCUUGUGGUGGAUGUUGAUGUAAAAGGUGUAAAUAUGGUAGAAGUGCCAGUGAUCUGUGGAGAAGCCUAUGAAGGGCAUAAUAUCACAUGGACCAAAAACAAAGAUGAACAUCUGGAGGAUCAGGGAAACAGGAUUACGGUGAUGGUGGAGGGGUGGAAAGGGGCCAAUUACUCCUGUUUUGACAAGGAGGGCUCCUACCUAAAUCACACACUGGUUCUGGCCCAGUGGAGCUUUAGGAAGAUCAUCAGAAACACUCCUGAGAAAGGUUACAUCCACUGUGCAACAAAUAAUUAUGGAGGAUUGUUUCAAUGUUCAUGGUCGUGGGGUGAGAACAGACAUGGCCAUAUUACUCACAUUGAAGCUAUACGGCCUGAUGGUGGAAGCAACAUCAGCUGCAGUCUGGAUCCUGGAGGAAAGAGCAUCACCUGCUUAGACCAAGACUACUGUCCGUAUGCAGAGGAGCUGGAGCGCAUCAACCUCACUGUUUACUUCAGAAGCAGUUUUGUUGUAGAAUCAUAUAAUGCUAAGUUCUACAUCAUGGAUAUUGUGAAACCUGACAUGGUGGCUAUUAGCAGGAUCAAUCAUACAUGCGUAGAAGUGGGAUACCCAAACUCUUGGAACACACCAUCAUCUUACUUCCCUCUCAUCUUCCAAGUGAAAGAGAUUCGCUGUAGAAAACGCAAAAAAUGUGACUGCUCCCAACCGAGCUCAAUAGGGACUUACCUCACACAAAGUCUCCAGCUGCCUGUGUCAAAAGGUAAAACAGUGUGUGUGAGAGUGAAGGAUGAAUUCUGCAAUUCUUCUUGGAGCGAGUGGAGCCAGUACAAAUGCAAGAAAAAUCGGAAGCAGAGGAAACCAAAGUUAAAAAUGCUUUAAUUUAUCAUGCAACAUAAUUGAAAACUGGAUAUAGUUUUUGGAUAAUUCUACCCAUUAACACAGGCUUAUUUUUACCACCCACUUUGUCAUGCAGUAUACUGUAUA